AUGGGGUCAUUCCGCAGCGUCAUCGCCGAAGACGAAGUCUUGAAGGGAUUCGAGAGAGUCGGCACCGUCACCGUUGAGGAGCCCGAGAAACCUCUCCUCAACUACAAGCCGGAGGAGGACAUGCGCUCGUGGAAGAACCAGAGCCCCAUUUUCCUCGCGCAGCUGCAGCUCUUUCUUGAGGCUCUCGUCGCAGCUCAUGACGAGGCCGAAGACUGUAUUACCGACCUCGAUAUCGGAGGUGAUUCCUACCUCGCCAAGAGGCGGCGCCGCCGCAAGCGCGUCAAGUACACGAAGGGACUUGCGGUCUACAAGAACCAAAGCAAGGCGGUACUCGAGAUCGAAAUGAGAGUCAUCCGGGGCGGUAACAUGGGAGAGGCCCUCCAGGCAGCUUUCGAUCGUGUUCAAACUGCUCUCAUCGAGAACAUGGUGCGCGUCAAUUUGCUGUUGAGCAUGCUCUGA